GACAGGAGUGGCCAUAUGUGCUCUACAUCUCUAUAAGUGUUUUAUUCAUUCAACGAGAGAAUAAGAGGUAAUUUCCUAAACUUUGACUGAGAUGCUACAGCCCUCCUCGCAGUGUCGGUGUCUGUAACGUUACUCCGAAAUGCACUUCCGUGUUCUGUGACGUUUGCGCACUUAACAGAGCAGUAACAGCUGACAGGAGGAGGCCGAGAAACCAAAACACUGAUAUAGGCUACGUAUAGUGGCAUAAAGGCUGUGGCCCGGCGGUGUCCUGAGCGUAAAGAGGAAACUUAUGAAUGAAAGUCGAGGUCUGAGUCCGAAGCAGCCACCAACUGCAGCUACAGCACCGCGUACUUCGCUCCUAACGAUGUUCCCCGUUCCUCUGGAGAUCUUUGAGGAGAUCUUCCUGAGUCUUCCUCCCCAUCAGGUGGUACAUGUUUGUCGGUUAGUGUGCCAUCAGUGGAAAGAAGUGGCUGACAGUGAGUCCCUGUGGAAAGAAAGAUGCAGAAGAGAAGGAUAUCGCCUCCGCGAUGCCUCCAAAAUAGCCAAAGACUGGAGAUUGUUUUACUUCUUGUGCAAGAAGAGGAGAAAUCUUCUCAAGAAUCCAAGAGGAGAACAGGACCUGAGCGGCUGGCAGAUUUUAGAGAAUGGUGGUGAUAAAUGGGCUCUGCACGAUCUUAGAGUGCCUCAUCCAGACGAGACGGUCCAGAAGAACUUUGUGACCUCUUUCUGGAUGUGCAGGAAGUCUCAGCUGAUCGAUCUGGAGAAGGAAGGUUACAACCCAUCAUUUAUGGAUUAUUUCCAGCCAGACAUCAGAAUAUCGGAUUGGUAUUCACCAAGAAGUGAUUGUGGCUGUAUAUAUGAGAUCCGUGUCGAGCUGCUGAAUCAAAGAAAAAAGCCUGUCCAGACGUUUGCACCUGAGACUAUAAAGUUUGAGCAGUGGAGUGUGGAGAGAUGGAAUCAGAUGACCCAUGUAUUCCAGAAUUAUGGACCAGGAGUGAGAUACAUCCGUUUUACCCACGGAGGCAAAGACACACAGUACUGGAAGGGAUGGUAUGGUAUACGCCUCACUGACAGCUGUGUUGAGAUAUGUCCAGCAAUGGACACAUAGGGAUUUAUUAAAUGCCUGCUUCCUGCCUUUACCUGAAAUUGCACCUGUUCCAGUCAUAUUUGCCGUGUAUAAUCUGCAUUUAUUUACCAUGUACAAAGAAUGCUUCUCUGUGGUUCAAAACCAAAGACUGUCUUUUUGAGUUUUUAUUAUUACACUUGCAAGCGAGCACAGUCAAACCAUCGACAGAGUUUCCAGGCUGAGAUCACAAUUUCUCCUUAUUCCUGUAGCUUUUUUAUACAUAUACUGUGGUGAGGUCACUGUGACAUGAGUGACAAUAUCCCUGUCUACCUACGCACAUAGUCUGCAGCUGCGUCUUUGAUGCUGUGGCUCCAUCUUUGAUGCACUGGGUGAUGUUUGGCUGAUGAGCCAGCAGACAGUACCCCCUAACUUGUAUUAUGCUUCACACCUGUUCCAUGAGAACAAUGUAGCUGUAGCUGGUUUAAUAAAGACAAUGUCUGUCUAUAUGUCAGAGUAUUAGGUCACUCGAAGGUCAAUGCUGCGAAUGGCUGUAAGUCUGUGUCUUUUUCCAGCUGUUCUCCAUCUGCAAAAUUAUGAAUACACUCUGUGCAUUUACAGUAGCAGAGCACACACACACACUUGGUGCUACAAGAGGUGCAGCAGUACUGAAGGGUAAUUAUCCACAUCACCUUCCCAAGAGAGCCUCAUACCAAUAUUUUUGCAGCCAGGACAUUGCUGCCACAGUCAGCACAUAUCCGUCCAAUUUUAAAAACCUGUAUUUCUCAUGAAGAAAUUUACAUUCAAGCCUAAAUCAUUUGGUUAUUUACCCUGAAGUAUUGUUGCCUGACAGCCGGUCAUGAAAUUUGUUAGGACAGUUUGCUGUAUUAAGCUUUGCAGAAUGCUCUGUGCAAUUUUUGCCUUUGGGUCGUCCCAAAUGAAAGGUGGUGUGAUGGUAACACAUUGUAAGUCGCAUGAAGGCAUCAGUGGAACAGUGAAGUGCAGCAACUUGACCACAUCGCAAAUAAAAUGUAUCUUCUCAGUAUUACGUUGUCACCAAAAAAUAAACAGUCUGUUGUGUUCAA